GCGGCUGGACGACCUUGGGGUGCCGGAGCACAAUCGGAGACGCCGGAGAGGUCAGUUGGAGUACCUUCCGCAGGACAUGGAUGCCGGGCUCCGAUUGUAUCAUGAGGAGUUCUCGCCGGACGAGCAGCGUGAGUGGGACCGAGUUGAGGAGGACAACAGGCAGGACGACGAUGGACAGCAGGAGGCCGGACAGGACGCCAGACAGGAGGCCGGACAGGAGGUCGGACAGGACGAGGAAAGGUCGAGGAAGCGGAGUCGGAGUCGGGAGCCGGACAAGUUGGACGAGAAUAGACCGCCAGUCACCCUGAGGCCGCAAGGGUCAGGACUUAGGCUGCAGGAGGAAGCCCUUAAUGCCAAUCGUCGGACAGGAAAAUCUAGUUGGGCGGACAUUCAAGAGGAGGAGGAGAGGCGCCAACGCCAGGAGGAGGAGAAGGAGCUUGUAGAUGAGGUGGCGGAAGAAGUGGACCCUAAGGAAGAACAGCUGGACAGUGGUGUUGAGCCUGAGGCAGAUGAACCUGACCUGAGAGCACUUGCUCAAGACGCGGUCGAUUAUGGCGAUGACGAGCUGGACGACCAGAAUCUCUCCCAAAUGGCAAUGGACUUACCUGAGGAGGUUCCUGAGAUUGAGACUCAGCAGAUGGACGCAAUGGACAUGGACACUGCUGGCA